AUGACUUCUGCGGGAAACCCAAAAGACUCUAUGAAAUCUACAUGGCGUACCGGCAACCGGGACGAAUGGGGCUUCAGUCACUGGCUGCUGGAGCUGCUCAAUGUCCAUCCCAUUGCGCUUGACCAGGAAGUCCCAGUCCAUUCAAAGCAGGACAAGCUACCUUAUAUGCCUCAGUGGUCUCUUAACAUAUGGGUUCUCUUUUAUGCAUCUAUCCCGCUUGUCAUUAAUCAGGUCUACAUCUCAUAUAUGGGCCACAACCUCGGCCCAUUCGCUCUGUUCAACCUAUACUUCUUUUGGUUCAACGCAACGGUCAUCUACCAAGUCAAACUUCUUCGUCGCCUCGGACACACCUAUGGCUUCCUUGACGGUGACCAGCAUGAGCGUGACGGUAUUCCCGAUGUUGGCGUGGGGAAAGUUACCGCCUCGCUAUAUAAGACGACCGGCUCUCGCUUAGUUAUGGCGAUCUACCUUUCCUACUACAACCAAUCACCCAUGGCCAUGAACUGGGCAUGGCUCCCACUGAUGAUCGGUCUCUAUGGCAUUGUGCUCGACUUCUGGUUCUACUGGUACCACCGCAUAAUGCACGACGUUAGCUUCCUCUGGAAGUAUCAUCGCACCCACCAUCUCACGAAACACCCCAACCCUCUCCUCGCCGCCUAUGCAGACCACGAGCAGGAGUUUUUCGACAUGGUCGGUGUGCCGUUCAUGACCUACAUGAGCCUUAGGCUCAUGGGUCUACCUAUGGGCUUUUAUGAGUGGUGGAUUUGCCAUCAAUACGUUGCAUUUGCCGAGGUCUUUGGACAUAGCGGUCUUCGUGUCCAGAUGACAGUGCCAUCUACACUAAGCUGGUUGCUGCAGUGGCUGAAUGCUGAGAUUGUCAUUGAGGAUCACGACCUCCAUCAUCGCAAAGGGUGGAGGAAGAGUCAUAACUAUGGCAAGCAGACUCGCCUAUGGGACCGGAUCUUUGGCACGUGCCAUGAGCGUAUCGAGUCUGUCGAGAGCAACGUUGACUAUACGAAGUCUGUCCAUAUGCCUUUGUUCUAG